CCACUGUUCCACACUUGCCCGUGUAAAAGCCAGGCUCGGUUUCCAGCCGGGCACUCUGCCAAGGGCUCAGGUGAGCCACAGAGCUGGACACCUCCUCGGCAUGCCUGGGAGGGCAGUGCAGCUGCCAUAGGACUGCUUGCAGUCCAUGAAGGGCUAAGCGGCCUGGAAGGUCUCAAACCAUGUCCCCUUCAGGUAGCCCACGGUCCCUGAGCCUCGUGCUCCUUCUGGGGAUGGCAUCCCAGGGGAUCAGCUGUCCGAGCAGGUGUAGCUGUCAGUACCUGGAGGUGAACUGCACCGGGCAGCAGCUGCACGAGUUCCCUGUGGACAUCCCUCUGGACACCAGGCAGCUGAUUCUGGCAGCAAACAACGUCUCGUACCUGCCGCCAGUGGAACUGAGCUUCCUGGCUGAUUUGGUCUAUCUGGACUGCAGAAAGAACCUCUUGGGGGAUGACCUGGAUUUCACUUUCAUUGGCGUGGCCAGGCUCGUCUAUCUGGACCUCAGCUUCAACAACCUCUCCCAGGUCACUUUCAGCACCUUCUCCCACCUCCUCAGCCUGGUGGUACUGAAGAUCUCAGACAAUCCCAACCUUGUGGCCAUUGAGAAAGAUGCUUUUGCCAACAACACCUGGCUGAGGCACCUGGAUGUGAGCCGGACAGGCUUGACCUUCCUGGACACCAGCACCGUCCGGGACCUGCCCAACCUGAGGCUUCUGGGGCUCAGUGACAACCUGUGGCACUGCAACUGUUCCUUUUUGGAUUUCAUCACCUGGAUGAUAGAGAGCGAUGUGCAUUUUCCAGAUGCUGACAACAUCACCUGCUACACCCCAGCAGGGCUGCGUGCCCUGAGGAUGCCAGCAGCAGAGGCACAGCUCCACUUCAGCUGCCUGACCCAGCUGCACAAGCAGGAUUAUGUCUUUCUGGGCCUCGUUGGCUUCUGCAUAUUCCUUGCUGGCACCAUGGCAGCCUGGCUGGCCGGUGUCUGUGCUGUCAUCUACGAGGCCCAUGCCUCAAAGGGGGAGGAAGAGGAGGAGGAGGAAGAGGAAGACACAGCCACUUAG